AUGGAGCUAAAGAGAAUCUUAGAGAAGACAGUUGGGGUCACAAGGAAAGACAUUUAUGGCAAAUACUGUCACCUACCUGUGGAGCUCGAACACAAAGCUUUCUGGGCCACUAAGCUCCUCAAUCUUGACUCUCAAGCAGUAGGAGAAAAAUGGCUAUUGCAACUCAAUGAGUUGGAUGAGUUCAAAUUGGAAGCUUAUGAGAAUGCUAAGAUAUAUAAGGAGAGAGCUAAAAGAUGGCAUGACAAGAAAAUUUCAAGAAGAGAGUUUGAGCAAGGGCAACAAGUGCUGUUAUACAACUCUAGGCUCAAGAUUUUCCCUGGAAAACUCAAGUCUAAAUGGACUGGCCCUUAUCUGGUGACCAAGGUUUUUCAACAUGAAAGCCUUGAACUUCUAAAUGAAGCUACAAAGGACACAUUCACAGCAAAUGGUCACAGAGCUAAGCAUUACCUGGGAGGGCCUUGGAACAAGGAGGAGAGCAUUCAUAAACUGAGAUAA